CCAUGAUAAAAUGAUAUUCUUAUCUGUAUAUCAUGACAAAAGUGGCAGCUUGAAUACGAAUAAAAAAAGAAUAGCGCCUGCCCACCACCCCCCAAUUCAAAUCAGCUGUUGACAAUCGAAUAAGUCCAACAAGAAACACAUUGGUUUCUCACAUACGUAAUCAUCGCAUUUAAUAUAUAUUUAAAUGGCAUUAUCACACGCUACCAAAGAUGACAUACCCAAAGAUGCAGUUAUUAUCAAUGAGGAAGAAGCACUAGCCUACCAAUGGAAUGUCAUAUCGAAUUGGGAAAAUCGCUGGGAUGUAUGGAGCUUGCGCUAUGGACCUGGCAUACUCGGUGCGAUGUCAGCUGCUACGGGCAUUUACGUAAACAAUCAUUACCGGCGCAAAGUGAAAUUGGGCAGUUAUGGUAAGGCAUCCACUUACCUGCCAAUCGUUGUCAUACCUGCCAUGUUCUCUGUGCUGACACAUAAAUUCUUUGUACAACGCUUUGUCAUAUUGGAUCAACACGCAGAGUGUCCGCUUUGUUUACAAUUGCGUGCGUCCGUCUUUCAAGGUGGUGCAGGUGUUAUCUAUCCAACAAUUUUAGCACCAUUUGCCGCAUUCAUGUUUGCCACACGUCACUACACGUAUCGCCUGCCAUCGGUCAUAAAGGAACCACUAGCUGUAUUCAAAUUAUGGCAAAAUAUGACAAAACCAAUUUUACCGGUACUUGGUGCAGCGCUGGCGGGCCAGUCUAUGAUAGCCAUGUACAUUACGUAUAAGGAACAAAUGCAAAAUUUUUGUUUACAAAUAAAAAUGAAGCGAUUGGAGCAAAUGGCCGAAGAGAAACAGGAAGAGGAGCGAGCGUUAUGCUGAUGUAUUUCAGAACUGUUAACUAAAAAAAAAAGUUAAAAUGUGUAAUGAUAAAGCUGGAAAUUAAUAUUUAAAACAAAAUAAAAUUACAUAAAUCAAAUUGUUUCAACUUCUCUGUUGCAACCAAAUUUCAGUUUAUUUUUCAAUCAUUAAUAAAUAAAGUUAUAAACAUAUACAAGUAUAUGUAAAUAUAUAAUGUUUUUAAUUGUAAACUUUUAAUGCUCCUUUUAACUUCUCCUCCUGUGGAAAAGUCUAUUGCUGCUCAUUAAAAAUCAGUUGGCUACUGGUAAUACUUCAAGGUAUAACGAAUUGGAGACGUUCUUCGUUUUAUUUUCAAUUAAAUGUACAAUUAAUUAAUUAAUCAAGUGAUGACAGAUGGAAUAGAGAGGGCUUAGUUUUUUAUGUAACACUAACUAAACUAAAAUAAUAUUUAAUAACGUUAAUUUGUAUUUUUGAAACUUUUAUUUAAAA